CGGGACUGUAUUGAGAGUGUGUGAAUGUCCGCGUGGACCAGGGCCGCGCGGGCCCCGCGCUUCCUACAGCUCGCUCCCGGGUGCUGCUGUGUAUGUUUGCUUCUUGUCACUGUGCGCCGAGAGGCAGGAGGACUAUGAAAAUGAUUCACUUUCGGAGCUCCAGCAUCAAAUCGCUCAACCAAGAGAUGAAAUGCACCAUUCGACUACUGGACGACUCGGAGGUCUCCUGCCAUAUCCAGAGGGAGACCAAAGGGCAGUUUCUUAUUGAACACAUCUGCAACUACUACAGCUUGCUGGAGAAGGACUACUUUGGAAUUCGCUAUGUGGACUCAGAGAAGCAAAGGCACUGGCUUGAACCUAACAAGUCCAUCUUCAAGCAAAUGAAAUCUCAUCCACCAUACACCAUGUGCUUUAGAGUGAAAUUCUACCCACAUGAACCCAUGAAGAUUAAAGAAGAGCUCACAAGGUAUCUAUUAUAUUUGCAAAUUAAAAGAGAUAUUUUUCAUGGUCGACUGCUGUGUUCCUUUUCUGAUGCUGCCUAUCUGGGUGCUUGUAUCGUUCAAGCUGAGUUUGGUGAUUACUAUCCUGAUGAGCAUCCUGAGAAUUAUAUCAGUGAGUUUGAGAUUUUUCCCAAGCAAUCACAGAAGUUGGAAAGAAAAAUUAUGGAAAUUCAUAACAAUGAACUCAGAGGUCAGAGCCCUGCAAUUGCUGAAUUCAACUUACUCCUGAAAGCUCAUACACUAGAAACUUAUGGGGUGGAUCCUCACCCAUGCAAGGAUUCAAGAGGUGCUACAGCAUUUUUAGGAUUCACUGCUGCAGGUUUUGUGGUAUUCCAGGGAAAUAAAAGAAUCCAUUUGAGAAAAUGGUCAGAUGUCUGCAAAUUGAAGUUUGAAGGGAAGACAUUUUAUGUGAUUGGGACACAGAAAGAGAAAAAUGCUGUCUUGGCAUUCCAUACUUCAACACCAGCUGCCUGCAAACAUUUAUGGAAAUGUGGGGUAGAAAACCAAGCCUUUUAUAAGUAUGCAAAAUCCAGUCAGAUCAAGACUGUGUCAAGCAGCAAGAUAUUUUUUAAAGGAAGUAGAUUUCGAUACAGUGGUAAAGUGGCUAAAGAGGUGGUGGAGGCAAGUUCCAAAAUCCAGAGGGAUCCUCCUGAGGUGCACAGAGUCAACAUUACUCAGAGUCGCAGCUUUCACUCCUUGAACAAACAGCUCAUCAUUAACAUGGAACCCUUGCAGCCCUUACUUCCUUCCCCCAUUGAACAAGAAGAGGAAAUUCCUGUGGGUGAGGGUGCCCCAUUGCCUAAAGUGGAUGGUUCUGAGCCCCUGGUUGCCAGCUCACCAGUGAAAGGAGCUCGGUGUGCAGAUCCUCCAAGUGAAGAAGAAGAUAAAGCACAAGAUGACCCCUUGACCAUUUCUGAACUAGCGUACAACCCCAGUGCCAGCCUGCUCCCUACCCCAGUGGAUGAUGAUGAAAUCAACAUGCUCUUUGACUGUCCAUCCAGGCUUGAGUUAGAGAGGGAAGACACAGAUUCAUUUGAAGAACUGGAAGCAGAUGAAAAUGCCUUUUUGAUGGCUGAAGAGGAGGAGCUGAAGGAAGCUCGCCAAGCUUUGUCAUGGAGCUACUCCAUCCUGACUGGCCGAAUCUGGGUCAACCCCCUGGUCAAGAGUUUCUCCAGGCUCCUUGUGGUGGGCCUGGGAUUGCUGCUGUUUGUAUUUCCCCUGCUCCUCCUCCUUUUGGAGUCAGGUAUUGAUCUCUCCUUCUUAUGCGAAAUCCGUCAAACACCAGAGUUUGAGCAGUUUCACUAUGAAUACUACUGUCCCCUGAAGGAGUGGGUGGCUGGGAAAGUCAACAUCUUCCUGUACAUGCUAGGUUGUUCAUAAGAUUCAUAACUGAUAAGACUAAGGGCUAUCUUCAAUAAUAGUAGUGUCGUUUUCAGUAGAUGUUAGGUUUUGAAUGGCCUUGAGUUAUCAAGAGGUAUUUUCUCUAACCUGAGUGCUCAAACUUUGAAAUAAAUUUUCUGUACUUGAUUGAUUUUAAGUCAGCUUAAAUAAAAUAUAGUUCUUUGAGUUAUCAUUCAGAAAGGCAACCACGAAGUAACAAAAAACAAUCUCCUUAUUAUAUCAUAAUCAUGUAAUAUAUUGGAGUUAGAUAUUCCUGUUUCUUUACUAUGAGCUAUAAUCAAAAUCAGAAUUUUAGUAAAAAUAUAAAAGAAAUCUUUUUAACAUAAUCUUUGAUGAAAAUAAUGUCCUUUUACUGAUGGCUAUACAAAUAAGUUGAUGCUGGGGUUUUCUUUCAGUUUUUUUUUAAAUAUUUUUAUGCAUUCUAACUAUUUUGGUAAAUUUUUAGCAAAAAAGAAGCUUUCUGGAGUUAUCUAACUAUACAUAUUGUAAAACUAAUGCAUGUGGAAUUUUUUAAUCUUUUGGCACCUGAUUUUUUAAAGAUAUUUUUGGCUAACUAAUCCAUAAUUUAUUACCUGCACAUAACUUUGAAAAAUGCUAGUAAGAUACUACAGUAAGUUCUCAAACCAUGAUUGGGUUAGAAGAUGUGAGCAUGGAGAACAUUGAAUUGAUAUUAUGGGGUCUACUUUCAAAGUUUUGGACACGAUAAUCUUAUACUUUCAUUUGCAUUUGCUCUGGGGAAGCAGAAUGCUCUUAGAAGAAGUUGAAACUACUUGUGAUAGUAAAAUUGUUGAAGAUGCACUAGUUAAUUGUUCAUGUUUACUAACCUAAGUGAAAGCAGGCAGGAUUUGGCAAGUAGAAGAUAGCAAAGAAGAGUUGUGGGGAGAUUGCUGGGCAAGUGAUGGUAAGCAUAUGGUUGCCUUUAUGGCAGUGAUGGUGACACAUGGCACUCAAUGUAAAGAGACAUGCACUCACUUUCUGAGUU